CCCUUUUUUUCCGCCCGCUUUGGUUGAAGCCAAAACAGAGCAUCAUGGCGAUUGAUGGUGGCGACCGUAACUGUGGACUACAUGAGCUGAUCUGCGUCAGAAAAGUUUCUCCAGAGGUUCUGGGGUUUCUGACUGCCAUUGGACUCUUCAUCAUCCUCAUGACCCUUCUCUUCUGGUACCUCAAUAAUAAGUUGGCGCUUGAAAACCUGGGGAGCCUUCAGUGCCUUGAUGACUUCAGGAAAAGCACAGAGUUGCAGGACAAGGCGUACUCUGACGCCGACCUGCAGGGCUCAUCCUCAGACAGCGAGGAUGAACUGAUGGGUCAAUACCAGGAGGCUGUCAGCCGCUCCCAAGGCCUCAGGGGAGGUGCAAAGGCGGCCUUUCACACCAGACACUCAGGAGGCUUCAUAUGGGAGAGCCGGCAGAAGUACAGCCCCCUGGCUGCAGACUACGAUGGAUACAGCAGCGAUGCCUCGGCCAAUGACGCAAACUGUAUCCAGAGGAUGAGACGCACCCCACCGCUGGAUGAGCUUCAGCCGCCUCCAUAUGACGAUGAGAAUGGCUCUCCGAGGAUGUCCUGCACGCUCUCGGAUCUUGGUGACGCUAAGUGUGACAUGUCCCAAAGCGGCAGUGGCAGUCCCCACCUGUCUUUUGGGAAAUACCCCAGCGACGGCAGUGAAGGUCAUGAGACAGAGAGUUACCUUAACAAGGGCUAUGAAGAAGACAUUCCCAGUGACAGUACAGCUGUUCUCAGCCCAGAGGAUAUGUCGGCCCGUGGUUCUGCUGCACUGCUACUUAAAGGUUACGAACCUGAUCCAGUUGCAAAAUUCGGCACUCUAGACAUCGUAUUUGACUACGACUCGGAGGAGCAGCAACUGGCAGUGACCAUCAUGGCAGUCACCGAUUUGCCGACUGUUAAACGCACUGCAAACAUUUCCUGGCAGGUCCAUCUUGUUCUUCUGCCCACCAAGAAGCAGAGGGCAAAGACAGGAGUCCAAAGAGGCCCGUGCCCUAUCUUCACAGAGACGUUUCGCUUCAGCCAUGUUGAAUCCGAGAUGAUCAGCAAUUAUGCCAUUCGGUUCCGCCUUUACAGCAUGCGGCGCAUGAAGAAAGAAAAGGUGUUUGGAGAAAAAGUGUUUUACCUCACCAAGCUUAACCUUCAGGGCAAAAUGUCUGUACCAGUCAUAUUAGACCCAUGCUGUCCAAUUCCGGGUGGUGAAUCCCAGGUUAGCCUCUCAGACAUGACAUGCAGCGAGAGCGCCUCGUCAUUCCAGUCUGUCAGCCAGGCUUCCACGCCAGAGAUCCUUGUGGGCCUGGUGUACAACGCCACCACCGGACGCCUCUCUGUGGAAAUCAUCAAAGGCAUCCACUUCAAAAACCUGGCAGCCAACAAGCCACCCACUGUCCAACCCUUGUUGUCAGAUGGACUGUUCUGUUGUCUGAAACAUUUGAUAGGUGGACAGGUUUAUAUUAUCAGAGACACGUAUGUGAAGCUGACCUUACUCAACUCCAUGGGCCAUGAGAUGUCCAAGUGCAAGACGUCCAUUUGUCGAGGUCAGCCCAACCCCACCUAUAAGGAGACAUUCGUCUUCCAGGUAGCUCUUUUCCAGCUAUCUGACGUCACGCUCAUCCUCUCCGUCUACAACAAGCGCAGCAUGAAGCGAAAGGAGAUGAUUGGCUGGAUUUCUCUGGGCCUCAACAGCUCCGGAGAGGAGGAGCUCACCCACUGGACUCAGAUGAAGGAAUCGAAGGGACAGCAGGUCUGCCACUGGCACAGUCUGCUGGAAUCCUAGCAUUUGACGGAGGGUUGGAGACUUUCUGCUGCGUGGCAGCCACAGAGAGAGCCGGGCUCAGCGGUGAUGAUGGGAAUACAAAUGAAUCACAUGUUUCUGCUCCCAGUUAAUCGGCUUAGCAUGACAGCAUGACACCGCUGGCAAAACCACUGACAGCCAUUGAUUAGUUACAUGGCUAAAAAUGCAUUGCCUUCUCUUUCAUAGAUAAAAUUGUGACAGGUUUUUGUUAAUGAGAUGCGUUUAUGGAACAAAAAACCACACACAUCAAGUAAGACAUGUCUAAAUUACUCCAUUUCUUAUAUUCUCUUGAAUCACAAAGAGCUGUCAUCAGUUCUCAGAAAACUGAAGUGAAUGCAACACUUUUUUCUCAGUCCUUAAAAUUUACCGGUUAAACCUUAGUCAUACAGUACAUGACCUGCAGGUUUUUGGGUUGUCUGGGCCCGUGAAGGGUCGUAUAGAAAAGCGGCUGCAUCUUAAAGGGUGCGCAGGUGUGUCUUGCUGUUCACUUGAGGCUCAUACAGACAUGAAAGUGGAACGUACAAUAGUCAUACGUGUGCUAAGUGUAUCGUGAAGUAUUUGUAAAGGUAAUGUAAGAUGCAGGCACUUAUGACGUAAAGAAGAUGCUUACAUACCGUGACCUUACGCCACACUCUAGUCAUUAGUAAGUGGCUUCUUACUGACUGCGUGCAAAUGCUGCAUGUGAUACAUAAGUGCCCAUAGGAUACCCACACUAAUUACACUCUGAUUGUCUAAUUUUCUCAUUUCUAACAGCCAGGCUGUGUGCACGAAGCGCACACAAAUCUCGUGAACAGCACUAAGAGGCUCCUUUACCGUGCACAGGAUUUGGGGGGCGUUUAUAAAAGGAAAAACCCUUACAACACGCCUCCAUCUCACCUACCUUACUCUUACUUUACCCUUCUGUCUUGUUUAGGUUUUUGCUACAACUUAUCGCUUGCCCGUGGAAAAAAAAGUGCAUGAACAAUUUCCCUCUACGUGCUCACCCCAUUUUUUUGCAGGAUACCUGCGUGCCCCGUACAGGUUUGCCCAUUUUUUGUUUGCAGACAGCCCAUGUAGUUACCUGUUAUAGGAGUUGUGACUAAGGCUUAAUUUGGUCUCGGUUUAGGCGACAUCUCACUUUCUGAAGGUUUGUUUUACCCCAUCACAUGUAGACUUUUGAUACAAUCCUGCUGGAGCUUUGGGAGUCAGCAGAAAAUGCAGAUUUUUUUCACAUGUGCGCGUUCUUCUUAGUCAACACUGCCAAGGUACAACCAUAUUUGCAGGUUCAAUGUAAAAUCUACAAUAUAAUGCCAAAUACUUUUGUUUUUUGAGACACAUUUUGAAACAACAUGACUCAUCAGAUGCCAUCCAAUAAUUAAGAAACACACGGACCUUUUUGUCUGCUCUGGUGCUAAUCUGUGUCUGCACAAGGAGCUGUUGCCUUAAGGUUUAGGUUGGUCUUCCUGUUUCUUUUGGUGGCCUGAGCUCCAAACAUUCCCACUCUGAGAGCACACAGACCUGCACCCUUGACCACAAGAAGCACAGACUCUCAAACCAUUUCUGAACAACCUGCAGAUUGUUUACAGGCCAAUGGUUUGCACUUUUUCCCAGAGACAAAUCAGAACACACCUAUACUCUUUUCUGUGCCUGUGGUUGUGCUGGAAGCUAGCUUUGUGUUUGCUAAAUGUCUGUGAACGAGGCAGGAAAGAGCGAUGUCAAAGGCUCUGACAUCAGUACGUUUUUUUUUCUCUAUGUUGGCUGUGACAUUUUUCUUCUUGUAACAAGUACCAAACACCCUUCUUGAAUGUCUUGCAUCUACUUUAUAGUAUUAAAUGUUUGCUAUCUAUUUUUGUAUCUACAGGUAAAACAAAAAUCUGCAUCAAAAAUAUUCUUAGCUAGUCACGUAUUAAUCUGAGCAAUACUGCACUGAAUUGCUUCUUUAUAUUAGUUCAGUGAAUGCGUUGCGGCUCAGGUCAUAUUCCUCCUCUUUAAAAGGAGAUGUGGAAAUGCGAUGGAGACCAGCAGAGCUCAUCUCACACCAGACUAGAAAUCCGUUUCAGCUUCAUGCUUCCUGACGGAAAGAAGCACAGCUUUUACAGCACAACAGUGAUCCAAACCCUGUGAAAGACGGGCAGAAGUUCAUGUCAAAGUCAAAACAAAAUUCUGUGGAAUUUGCUGCAUCACCAUGAUGGUUGCCACUCUUCAUUGUUGAGUCUAUUGAGUCCCACUGAUGACAAUAAAUGGAGAGAUUAUUUUAAUUUUAGCAAAACAGAAGCCAAAGUUAUCCCCAAAUUUGAUUAAAAUAGGAAAUAUAUGUAUAUGAAUCAGAGCUAAGCUGAACUUUUGUAGUCAAGUGUUUUGUGGUUGUGAACCUCAAUGGGAGACCAGCUGUGGAAAAUUAUUGAUGUCUGUUUUUGUUUUUUUAACAUUUGAGUUAUUUUGUAUCAUUUCUGUCCUAUUGCUGCUUAAACACUGAUUCAAAUGUAAAAGAAAGUCUUGCCUUCUGUUCAGGUUUUGUUGGUAUCAUAACAUUGAGGGUAGGAUUACAUUGAAGUUCCACGAACUGAAAGCUGCCAGGGUGAAUCAGAGAUUACUGGAUUUGUAGAUUACUUCUUACGAAAAUACUCCUCUGAUCUGUCUGCUUCAUUGACUGUAUGAGGUAUGAGGUAAUGUCCCAAUUCCUUCCCUACUCCCUACCUACUAAAAACUAUAUAGUCUGGGGCUAUGUAGUGCCCUGGAUUUUAAAAACAUUUUGGACGGUUAUGCUAACUACUUCUUGUUUUUAAACGACAUCUAUGACUUCGUAGGUUUAUCAAAGUAAAAGCUUAAGAAAUAUGAACAUUUUACGAAGAGUGUUCAUGAACCCAUUGUGUUCAGAAGAUGAAAACUUGGAUGGUUUGUAUAUAAAACAAAAAUUAUUUCACAAACAUUGUUCAAAUGUAAUGCAUUGUGGUCUAUAGUCGCCAGUCUAGUGACUGGUCUUUCACUGAGCCUUCUGGGAAAUUUCUAAGGCACUCGAUUUUGGAAUUGUAGAUUCAGACAGCUCUACAAAAUGGAAAACACAAUAUAUAGUGCACUAUGUAGUGAGUAGUGAAGAAAUUGUGACACAAUAGAAUAGAAUAGCAUUAUUAUAGUCACUUUCAAACGUACAACAAAAUUUAAAAUCUCACUGGUCAGUGCCUCAUUCAUUCUGUUUCUAAAAAUAGAAUAAAAACAUAAUUACAAUAGCUAGCUCGUGUGAUGUCACCAAUAGAAAACGGCUUACUUCUGGCUCCAACAAAAUGAAGUCAAUUCAGUAGCCAUUUUUGCUGCUAUUGUUAGAGCCAGGCGUUGUCAGUUAACAGCAAUUGGUCGAUCUGAUUCAUUGUUUCUAUGGCAACCACUCUCCCCAUUCAGAAGUGUGCUUGUUUAUGGUCCACACCCCUACCACUUGAUCGUGGGCUCAAGAGAAUCGGUGAACCAAACAUUUCGAAUGUUAGACGUGAGACCACAUACUUUAUGAUUGGUCAGUUCAUCACUUGAAUAUCUUGCAAUAAAAAAUAUUAAAAUAAAUAAAAUAGGAUUAAAAAGAACAUGUAAAAAAAAAGGUAGUUUAACAAGAAUGGUUAUUCUAAAAAACAGAAUGACUGAGUAAUAGCUGUUUGUUUCCCAACAGAAGUCCAUGGCAUUUUGGCUUUUUGGAACCAGUGGGCACUUCCUGUUUGGAACGCCACAAGGGAGGAAAUCUCUGUAGCCUUUCCAGAAAAAAACUAAUUGGGGAUAUGAUGAAAAAGACGGUAAAAAAUGAAAGAAAAACAUAAUUUCUUUAAUUUUGUGUUUUUGAUCAUUUUACUGUUUGAGCUUAUUCACCUUCUCUCCUGACGUCUAACCGCUUGUGUUCAGUCUUUCACACAGUGUCUUUCACUGACUUCAAUUGGUAACUUUUUAGAAGAUUAGUGUUUUUUCAGUUUAGAAACAGCCAAUGCCACAGACGGCAUCGAUGCCUUACUGUUGUUCGCUCAGACUUAAGACUUGUGUCUCAGUGUUUUAACGUAAACAUACUUUUUCCUCUGUGUGUAAAGCUUACUUUGUAAGAUGUCUUUGAAAUUAACUAUGAGAGCAAUUUCUAUGUGAUGGUAAUAUUGUUCUAGAAAAAUACAAAACAGAAACCAAACACA